AUUUUAUAUAUUACGUGUAUUUCACUUUACCUAUUCAAAAAAGAAAAAAAAAUAAACUCAAAACGUAGAGACUAAUAAAUAUCUGCACGUUUAGUCUACUGAACUAUACAAUAUCUCGAUUAUUCAUUCAUAUGUAUAGUAUAGUAGUAGUAGUAGUUAGCAUGGAGACUACAUACAGGAAACGAAACGCAUAGGCUCGAGAAUUCUUAUACAUUGCGUUUCGUUUCCUGUAUGUAGUCUCCAUGGUUAGAAUGUUAGAUUCAAGCCAAUGAGAAAUUUGAAACGAUUUUUGUCCAUAUAAAUCAAAUGUCAUUUCAAACUAACUUGUUUUACUUGUGAACUUAAUAAAUCAAAGAGAUAAAACUGUCUGACGGAGUGCCGAUUAUUUUCUGUUGUCAUUUUGCAAUGGAGAAGAUGACCAAUGACUUGGCGUAUUUCUAACAGUUGUAUUGUGCUCCAUUACUUGGAUGCACUGAUAAGAAAUAUAACUACAGCUAUGCUCUAAAUACAAUACUAUACUCUAAAGUUGCGACAUAAAAUUUUUAAUUUACUUUACUUUUUUGAGGAUUCUUAAGUUUAAUCAUUAUCUAUCCUAAUAACUGUAAUGGCUUUAAAGGGAGUAAAAGUUUUAGAAUUAGCAGGACUUGCACCUGCUCCUUUUUGUGGUAUGGUUUUAGCUGAUUUUGGAGCAUCAGUCAUAAGAAUUGACAAAGCUGGAACUGCUCAACUUGAUUCUUUAGGAAAUGGUAAAAGAUCAAUAGCAAUAAAUUUAAAAUCUACAAAAGGUGUUGAUAUAUUUAAAAGACUGUGUAACCAGUGUGAUGUUGUCAUUGAUCCCUAUAGAAAAGGUGUAAUGGAAAAAUUAAAGCUAGGUCCAUCAGAUCUUAUGGCUACUAAUAAAAAGUUAAUUUAUGCUAGAAUAACUGGUUUUGGCCAAGAUGGUCCUUAUGCAAAAAUGGCUGGUCAUGAUAUUAAUUAUGUAGGCUUAUCAGGUUUAUUAUCUCUAUUUGGAAGAUAUAAAGAGAAACCUACACCACCUGUCAAUUUCGCUGCUGACUUUGGAGGUGGUGGGCUAAUGUGUGCAUUUGGUAUUGUUAUGGCUCUGUAUGAAAGAAACACUAGUCAAAAAGGGCAAAUAAUAGAUACAUCUAUGGUUGAAGGGGCUGCCUAUCUAGGAAGUUGGUUUUACAAAUCAUUAAAACUACCUUGGCUUUGGGGUCAACCAAGAGGAAAGAAUAUAUUGGAUACUGGAGCACAUUUUUACGAUACAUAUGAAACUAAAGAUGGGCAAUACAUGGCUGUAGGAGCAUUAGAAUCACAAUUUUAUGCUGUACUGUUAGAAAAAUUGGAAUUAUCUGAAGAUGAUUUACCACAUUUCGCCGACUUCGAAAAAGGUCGAGAAAAAUUGACUGAAAUUUUCCAAACCAAAACUCAAAAAGAGUGGUGUGAAAUAUUUGAUGGUUCUGAUGCUUGUGUAACACCAGUUUUAACGUUUGAUAACGUCGCGUCUCAUGUACAUAAUCGUUCUCAAAAUAGUUUUGCCAUGGGAAAAGAUGAUCUGUUAAUUCCAAAUCCAGCUCCACGUCUUUCUCGAACACCUGGUAUAUCAUGUUCUAUUCAAAGUCCUAACAUACAUGUUGGUGAACAUUCGGUUCAAAUAUUAAGUGAGUUCAAAUACAGUCAAAAAGAAAUAAAAAAUUUUAUCGAAAAUGGAGUAGUUGAGCAAGCUAUGAAAAACUCAAAACUUUGAUAAUGAGGCAUAUUGACAGUUCAUUAUAAUUUUAAUAUUAUGCGUUUGAGCAAUAUUAAUUUUACAAAGAAACAAAAAUAUUGAAUUAUUUGAUAUUAUUGUAGAAGUAUAAGUGAUUGUUGAAUUUAUGUUUGUUUUAUAUUCGAAAUUUAUAUUUUGUAUCAUGAUAUUUGUG